AUGGAAAGCAUAGACGGAUGGGUGCCGCCGCUUUGGAGCACUGCAGGCAGUCGGGUGUCGUUUCGUCGACAAGCGCGCUGGGUGCCGUUUGCACCUUCGCCGCCAGCGGGAUCCUGCAAGGGGGCUCAGCAGGUCUACUACAGCCAUGGCUCAGGCUUGGUCUAUGCUGGCAUUGGCAAGCAGGUGGUGGCACACAGUGCAGCCACAGGGCAGCCCCGCGUCACCUACGAAGGUCAUGGUGGUCCGGUGACUUGUCUGGUGGUGACUUUCUGUCCGCACCUCCAGUGCGAUGUCCUCCUCAGCGGAUCGGUGGACAGCACAGUCAAAUGCUGGGUGCUAGGACCUUUGUCGGACACACCGGAGCAGUCCGAGCUGGCAUGUUGUGUAGAUCCGAGAGACUCGGCUUUGCGUUUGACUGGCAGGCAGUGGUGCCGCAAAACCUGCAAGGAACUGAUGGUUCUGCGAGGACAUGCCGGCCCUGUGCAGCAACUGCUGUUCUUGGAGGGCAGGCUUUGCAGCGGUUCGGAGGAUGGCGUCCUCAAAGUCUGGGGAGAAGAUGGCCAGCUUUUGUGCUGCCUCCUGAGGUGCAGCCUGGAAGAUCACGAGGAUGGAAUCACGUGCAUGCUUUGCGCGGCGUCGGAGGACAUCAUCACUGGCUCUCGGGAUUGCACCCUGAAGUGCUGGAACGUGAAGUCUGGCAAACUGAUUGACACCAUGUACGGUCACACGGACUGGGUGACGUGCUUGCUGGAGGUGGAGGAUUCUUUGUGGUCGGGGUCCCGUGACACCACAAUCAAGCGUUGGCACCCGAUCACGCACCAGCUCCUGACUACACUGCAGGGGCAUUCUUCCGGCAUAAGCAUCCUCUCUUACAUCUCCGAAUCGAUCCUUUCCGGGUCAGCCGACCGGACGAUCACCCAGUGGCAUCCGAAGUUGCAGACCCAGUUAGCGAGCAUUGAUGGAAUGGGCGGCGUCAGCUGCCUUGUUGAGGUCGCGACAGGUAUUUUCCGACUCGCUGCUCGCGGGCCCCCAAGGCUGCUGGCCAAGCCAAGGUGUCCGGACUCGGAAGCAGACUCCAAAUCGGAGCCCUACGAGUUGAGGUGCAGACCAUUGCAGUGGCCUUCGCAAUGGCCAAGGGGAGAGUUCAAUUUCGAUUCGGCUGCCUGCGGCGAGGCCUUCAAUGAGGGAACAUGCUGGAUCUCUCCAAAGAUAUUGGAAGAGCACUUCUAA